AUGCCGCCUAGACGCAACGUGAGGAACGAGGAACCUACCUCCCAGGCUUCGGUAGAAGAAAGUGUGAUGCAACCAAGACCGCCGUCACCACCACCACCUCCACGAGUAGAUAGGGAAGUCGUGAAGCUUUUUCUUGACCAAAAGCCUCCUACCUUCGACGGGAUGGGUGAACCUGCAAAAGCUGAAACUUGGAUACGUGCCUUAGAACGCAUCUUCAAGACCUUAGUGUGCAACGAUGCGGAGAAGAUGAUCUGUGUGACGCAUCAGCUGACCGGGUCCGCUGAUUUUUGGUGGGACACCAAGUUAAAGACCAUGUCCCAGGAUCGCAUAGACGAGAUGACUUGGGAGGAAUUCAAGACUGAGGUUUACGACAAGUACGUACCCAAGAGCUACCGCAAGGCAAAAGCCGCCGAGUUUCACAACCUCACCCAAGGACGUCUGUCCGUAACCGAGUAUGACCGUGCACUUUGUGACAUGACCCGCUAUGCGCCGGAACAGACCGAUACCAAUGAGAAGCUGGCUGAUAAGUUUCGUGAGGGCCUUAGGCACGAGAUUAGGAUGGCAUUGGCAGUCCGCGGAACCCUUACGUACGCCGAGGCGCUAGCCCUCGCACUGGAUGUAGAGGCAGCAAUGCCAAAGGAGAAGAGCGCGGGAAACACCGCAAUGACAUUACCCCCGCCACGUCCUAACCAUGAUAAGAGGAGAUGGGAGGAGAGUAGGAUUCCCUAUGACAACAAGCGAUACCGCCCCACUCAGAACAGGCCGCCGUACGAAGGAGGACAGACUUCGCCCAAUCCAAGGAACGACCCCCGUGCCAGACCACCUCAGUGUAACGUUUGCGCCAGGUACCAUUUCGGGGAGUGUAGAGGACCGAACCCGACUAGGUGCUUCAACUGUGGAGGGAACGGUCAUUUCUCGAGGGAGUGCCCGAGCAAGAAUAUGGGAAACGGGUCGAGGCAGAACCAUCAGGGUUUUCGUCAGCAGCCGAGGGCGCCACCUACGGGCUCGGGAGCAAACCGGGAUCAACCACUGCGGCUGCAACAGCCUGUCCGCCCAAGACUUCCCGCCCCGGCUAGAGCGUAUGCUAUAAGUCAGAAGCAGCCCAAGAUCGAGCAAGGGAAGCCCGAGAGUGGAAAUUUAGCAGGUAUAGGCGAAAUCCUUGAUACCCCUAUUGUUGUUUUGUUCGACACGGGCGCAUCUCAUUCGUUCAUCUCUGAGUUAUGUGUGCAUACCUUAAGCUUGCCUACUAGGAAGUCUGAACAUAGGAUGAUGGUGUCCUCACCAGUAGGAGGAAUGAUAGAGAUCUCUCGGUUUUGCUUGAACGUAGAAAUCGUACUAGGAGAACUUAAGUUAGUUGCUCACGACCUGCGAGUUAUGGCGAUGAGAGACGUUGACGUAAUCUUAGGAAUGGAUUGGUUAACCGCGAACUUUGCGAUGAUUCGCUGUAAGGAGAGGCAGAUAACCCUACAAGCCCCGGGUACGGAACCCGCCGUGUACCACGGAAUCUCGAUGAACCGACGAAUCGCUAUAGUCUCCGCGUUACAAGCCACCGCCAUGUUGAAGAAAGGACGCCCGGCCUACCUUGUCUAUCUCCACGGAGAAGAGAAGGAGGAAGCGAGGCUUGAAGACGUUGCUGUCGUACGAGAUUUUCCCGAUGUUUUUCCCGAGGAGUUACCUGGACCGCCGCCAGAUAGGCAGUUAGAAUUUACGAUCGAUCUUGAACCUGGAGCCGCACCCAUAUCGAAGGCACCAUACCGCAUGGCGCCUAAGGAGUUAGAGGAAUUAAAGAUUCAGCUGCAAGAGCUCAUGGAUUUAGGUUUCGUUAGGCCCAGUGUUUCGCCAUGGGGCGCACCGGUGCUCUUCGUUAAGAAGAAAGACGGGUCAAUGAGAAUGUAUACGUUCGUCUUAGUAUUCAUAGAUGAUAUCUUAGUCUACUCGAAGGACGAGAAGGAGCACGCGGAGCACCUACGGAUCGCGCUGGAGACGUUGAGGAAGGAGAAACUGUACGCCAAAUUCAGCAAGUGCGAAUUCUGGCUGAAGGAAGUCAACUUUUUAGGACACAUCGUGUCGGCAGAAGGAACCCGAGUGGACCCCGCCAAGGUUGAGGCGGUGCAACAGUGGAAGUCACCAUCGACGCCGAACGAGAUUCGGAGUUUCCUGGGUUUGGCAGGAUACUACCGAAGGUUCAUAAAAGGGUUCUCCAAGAUAACGAGACCAAUGACCCAACAGAUCAAGAAAGGAAUCAAGGUGAACUGGACGCCGGAGUGUGAAGCGAGCUUCCAACUUUUGAAGGAGGAAUUGACCACCGCACCAGUGUUAGCUGUGCCAGAGCUUGGAGUGAACUACGUAGUUUACACCGACGCUUCGAAGGUCGGAUUAGGAUGCGUGUUGAUGCAGAACAACAAGGUGAUCGCUUACGCGUCGCAACAGUUGAAACCGCACGAGUUGAACUACCCCACCCACGAUUUAGAGUUAGUCGCAAAGGACCUGAACAUGCGACAACGGAGAUGGCUCGAGCUAGUGAAGGAUUACGAUUGUGGCAUCAACUACCACCCUGGCAAGGCAAACGUGGUAGCAGACGCUUUAAGCCGUAGAGACCAUUCGCAACUCGCUGUUUUUCUAACAGAAGAGGAAAGUUUAGUACGAGAGUUGAGUAAGUUGCGGAUAGAAGUAGUUAGAACACCCGAUACCGUGGAAGGUCGAAUCGCCGCGUUAGUAGUAGAACCUGAUCUAAGAACGAGGAUCGUUGCAGCACAACGGCUAGAUGCGAAAUUGGAGGAGAUUCGAGUCGAAGUAAGAACCGGUGAAUCUGGAAAUUUUAGCGAGGCUUCCGAUAACGCUCUCACCUUUGAAGGGAGACUGUGUGUGCCAAACGACGAGGGACUUAGGAACGAGAUCAUGAGUGAAGCUCACGAAACCCCAUACACUGCUCACCCCGGGAGCACAAAGAUGUACCAGGAUCUGAAGAAGUCCUUUUGGUGGAACGGCAUGAAGAGAGAUGUCGCAGCUUUCGUGGAGCGCUGCUUAGCCUGCCAACAGGUGAAAGCCUUACACCAACGACCGUACGGGAAGCUACAACCGCUUGAGAUACCCGAGUGGAAAUGGGAGCACAUCGCUAUGGACUUCGUGACUGCAUUACCAAAGACCCUCAAAGGGAACACCGCGAUCUGGGUGAUCAUAGAUCGACUUACCAAGAGUGCGCAUUUCAUACCAAUCCCCGUAACCCAUGGAUCGGAUAAGCUAGCUCGAAUCUACGUUCAAGAGAUCGUGCGAUUACAUGGAGUUCCAGUGACGAUCACGUCUGAUCGUGACCCAAACUUUCAAGCAACAAUCGGCAUGGCGCCAUAUGAAGCACUUUAUGGGAAAAAGUGUAGAUCUCCGCUCUACUGGGAUGAAGUUGGCGAACGAAGAGCGCUUGGACUCGAUGCAGUCGAAGAAAUGGUCGAAAUCGUUCGACAAAUUCGUGCGCGAAUGAAGGAAGCUCAGGACAGACAGAAGUCGUACGCCGACGUUCGACGGACGGACUUACAGUUCCACGCUGGUGAUAAAGUUUUCCUCAAGGUAUCCCCGUCGAAAGGGAUAGCGCGUUUUGGAGUCAAGGGCAAACUGAAACCACGUUUUAUCGGGCCGUACGAAAUUCUAGAAGGAGUAGGACCCGUAGCUUAUCGUUUAGCGCUGCCGCCCAGCCUUGGGAACGUGCACAACGUUUUUCAUGUGUCGCAGUUGCGAAAAUACGUGUUCGAUCCGAAGCAUGUGAUUCGUUACGAGGAUAUUGCUGUAAGCCCGGAUCUGAGCUACGAGGAGCAACCCCAGAUAAUCUUAGAUCGAAAGGUCCAAACCUUGAGAAAUAAAACCACUGCCUUCGUGAAAAUUCAAUGGAGAAACCACGGGCCCGAGGAAGCCACGUGGGAGCUCGAGGAUAAGAUGAUGGAACUAUACCCGGAACUCUUUCCAUAA